AAUAAAUAUAGCAUGAGAACGAGACAUGUUGGCAAGGUCAUUGUCCAUGUUUUUAGAAGCCUGUAGCAGAACCUACGUCAGGUGUAACAAGUUCCUUGCACCAGGUGUCAUGACUAUUUACAUAGAGGAGAGUACGCAGAUUCGCAGCAAGUCUUACAAACGUUACCUAGAUUAUUCAAACAUGCCUAAACUGGAAGAGGCUGACCUCAAGGAGCAAUUUGUCAGAGGCAGUGGACCAGGUGGUCAGGCAACAAACAAGACCAGCAACGCAGUAGUGCUGAAGCACAAACCCACUGGGAUUGUUGUCAAAUGUCACAUGACGCGAAGUUUGUGGGACAACCGGGAGCGCGCGCGCGAAAUUCUGAUAACGAAGCUCGACAAUUUACUGAACAAAGAACGCUCUAUUGAGGCCCAGAUACGUGCUAUUCAAGAAAAACAGCAGACACGGAAAGAGUACAAGAGAAAAAAACUGGCAGAAAUGAAGAAAGCCUUCAAGGAACGCGAGGGCCUGACGUGAUACGACUUGUUCGUUACUUAAUCCUUGUAAAAUAUGAGUUUAUUUCAGUUUUUUAGAAAUAAAUGGAAUUGUUCCAAGAAAAAUAUUAUCCUGCGUGCAAAGUACACCGAUAUCAACCAGAUUGAGAUUAAUCGUAUGGUCCAGUAAUAUUCGACGUUACGAGAAAGAUCAGGUUCAUUGAAAUUACUUUCUUUAUACUAAAGUUGUUAUGAAAAACAUCACGAGGUAAUCUUUUAGAUUAUAACAAAGAUUGCUAUCUGAAGAGAAGACGAAUUCAUCCACUAAAUCGGAAAUGCAAACCGGAACGCAAUUGAGACGUUUUUGCGCGCAGGGAGACACAAUGAAAUGUAUUUUAAUGGAAAAUUCAUAUCUUUAAUAAUAAUAAUUGUUUCUCUUUCUGAA